GGCUGCAGAAGCAUCAAGAAAAAAGAAGGAAAGAAGGAAAAAGCUGAAGAGAUACCUGCUGAUCGGUCUGGCAACCGUUGGGGGCGGAACAGUGAUCGGCUUGACGGGGGGUCUCGCCGCCCCUCUCGUUGCCGCGGGAGCUGCUACGAUCAUCGGCAGCGCUGGAGCGGCCGCUUUGGGAUCGACCGCUGGAAUCGCCGUCAUGGCAUCCCUUUUUGGAGCAGCUGGAGCUGGCCUGACCGGAUACAAGAUGAAGAAGCGCGUGGGAGCCAUAGAAGAGUUUGAGUUCCUCCCACUUACUGAAGGAAAGCAGCUUCAUAUCACCAUAGCAAUCACUGGGUGGCUGUGUACUGGCAAAUAUGGGAGCUUCACAGCACCGUGGAGCAGCCUGGCGCAGUCACGCGAGCAGUAUUGCCUGGCCUGGGAAUCCAAGUACUUGAUGGAGCUCGGCAAUGCCUUAGACACAAAAAAAAAUUUUGUGAACAUGAUGGCUCAAGAAGCCCUAAAAUUCACCGUCUUGUCAGGGAUCGUGACGGCGCUGACUUGGCCAGCUUCGCUCUUGACGGUCGCCAGUGUCAUCGACAACCCCUGGGGAGUCUGUCUGCAUCGCUCUGCUGAAGUAGGCAAACACCUUGCGCAUAUCCUGCUCAGUCGGCAGCAGGGCAAGCGACCCGUCACACUGGUUGGCUUCAGUCUGGGUGCGAGAGUCAUCUACUUCUGCCUGCAGGAAAUGGCUCAAGAAAAAGACUCUCAAGGGAUCAUUGAAGAUGUGGUUUUACUGGGAGCUCCAGUGGAAGGAGAAGCCAAGCACUGGAAAGCCAUCACAAAAGUCGUGUCGGGCAGGAUCAUAAAUGGUUUUUGCAGGGGGGACUGGCUGCUGAGGUUUGUCUACAGAACCUCAUCUGCACAGAUCCACGUCGCAGGCCUCCAGCCGGUCGACUUGGAUGACAGGAGGAUGGUAAACAUGGACCUUUCAUCUGUA